AUGCAGCGGGGGCCAGGGUAUGAAAAGGCCUCCCAGGCGAGAGGGGUUGCGGACCUUGCGGAAGAAUAUAAAAUAGAGUGGCCGCCGGAUCCACUUGGCACUCCUGAACUGACCGAUGCGUUGGCCAUAAGCACAGGCCAAAGGAGUCUAUUGUCUAUUGCAUGUUACGACCUCGAGGGCUACAGAGUGGGUACUUCAAGUGUUCAUACUCGAAAUCAAGAGUCGCAGUCCGAGCCAUCUUCUCUCCCCACCCUCCCCAACCCUCACGUUCAAGUUCUCUAUGAGGGGCACUGCAGGAAAAGGCACCUGCAGUGCUCUGCAGUAAGCUUAUGCGACACUUACGAGUUCCCACUUCUGAUCUUGAGCGUUAGUCGCUACGCGUGUCUGCGAGCCGGUACAUCAUACGGUAUUGGACUCGGACUUGACCACCAUGGCACUGUAUGGGGAGUGGACUGCGAAGGCUAUUGUAAUAUUCCAGAAUGA